AUGGCCCGAUAUCUUGUUUCCCUUGCGUGCUUUGUUACUUCGAGUUACGCUUCUCUUUCCGGCCUUGGAAAGGAUAGUGACUCGUCUCGUCAGGAUACCUCUACAGCCUGUCGACAAGCAUGCUCUCAGCUUUCCUCGACUUUCGGGUCCGCAUUUCACUGGCGCAACGACAAUUUCACCAUCUGGGAUGCCAAACAACAAGAGGUUCACCCGACUUGCAGGGUUGAGCCAUCGUCGGCCCAAGAUGUCGCCAACAUACUCGGCACCCUUGUGGACCACUGGUGCUACUUUGCCACUCCAAACUCGAUCGGCGGAGUAACAAUAGAUCUCGACCGCCUGAGCAAUGUGGAAAUCCUCCCAGGCAGUAGCAGGGCGCGCGUGGGUGGCGGCGCGACUACCCUUCAGGUAUACGAAGCUCUGGAAACCCGGAAUCUGUCUUUCGUUGGCGGGCGAGUGGGCAGCGUUGGCGUGGGUGGUUUCAUACUUGGUGGAGGAACCUCGCCGUUUUCGAACAAGUAUGGGCUGUCCCUGGACAAUGUUUUCGAGUACGAGGUUGUUCUUGCGAAUGGAACCAUCACGACCGCAUCUGAAGCGCAUAAUCCUGACCUCUACUAUGCACUCCGCGGCGGCGGUAAUAACUUUGGCAUUGUCACGGCCUUUACCGUUCGAACCUUUCCUCAGGGCCCCGUCUUCACCAGCAUGACUACCUACGCUGCAAAUCAGUCAGAUCGAGUUCUCGACAACGUAUACGAAUUAUACACAGAUGAGCGUUAUACCAGUGACAUGGAUUUGGGAUACGAUUUAUAUUAUACUUAUCGCUCUCAGGGUAAUGAGUUCAUGCUAAGUGGCACACAGCGAUAUGCGAAACCAGUCCAGAACUCGGCUGUCUUUAAAGACAUCAAUCGCAUUCCCACACUUACUCGAAGCACGAAUAUAGCUCCCAUGAGCCAGGUGGUGGGCGGGACUGAGUCUUUGGGUACCACAAGGCACCUUUUCGCCACGCUCACUGUCGCACCAUCACGCUCUUUCUUAUCGCAGGGUCUUAGAAUCUUCCAAGAGGAGGUUGAAGCCAUCAGGACAGUUCCUGGCUUGGUUCCUAACUUCAUCUGCUACCCCAUCCAGAGAAACGCCAUUGCGGCUAUGAAACAGCGAGGCGGGAAUGCUCUGGGAAUCGACCGAGAGGGGCCUCUCUUCUUGAUCUUAAUUUCUACAGCAUGGUCAAACAGGACUGAUGAUGCUGCUGUUAAUCGGAUGACGGCAAAUACUAUUGAGAGACUGACUGUCGCAGCCAAUGACCUGGGUAUUGCGGAUCGGUAUAAGUAUAUCAAUUACGCUUCGGCGGCGCAGGCUAGCACGAUAUUUGCUGGUUAUGGUGAUGAGAAUCUACAGAGACUGAAGAAGAUUCAAAAAAGCAUGGAUCCUCAUGGAAUAUUUACGUCUGAAGGGUUAUGGCGCGGGUUCGUCAAGCUGCUAUGA